AAGCCAUUUUGUCCUGAACGGCUCCGCCAGCGCAUUCUUUAGCAAACCGGAAUAACGUAGAGCUGACAGUUCAAACCACAGCUACAGACGCGGCGUCAGACGGGGGGUUUACAGCUACACCACCCCUCGUUCAGUCCCGAGCUACUCGACGUCUCUCGGUCUAACCACAGGCGGAACCGUGUCGUUAUCGCGGACUAAAAGGAGACUUUCAGCGGGACGGAAAGGAAGAGAACCAGGCAUCCGGUUAGACGCGCUGGCUCACCGGGCUGGAGUCCAACUUGAGCCGGACACUUUCAGCUGUACUCGUCGGGAUGCAUGCUGGACUUGUUCUUAACAAUAUUUACUCCUCUUUUUGAAUAUUAUGUGUUAUCUAGGAAUCGAUUAGGCUCGCGCGGGAUUGUUUUUGUUAGUAACGUUCGUUAGUUGUCUAAUAUAAGAGAAGCUUGGAGAGCUAACGUUAGUUCAGACGUGAUUUAUCUACUCAGCUGGCUGGGCAGAUAGUUUAGGUUGUCGAUCAGAUAAAUCGCCUAAAUAGAUUGCUUACAUAAUACCUUUGUUUUGUUACCGGUAUAGUUACAUUUUUAAGUUAAUCCAGCUUUCUUACCGCCUCUUUGCCCAAGUCUUUCAUAGGGUUUGGUUUGUGUGUCUAUGCAUAUUUCUCGCAAGCAAACCUGUUCAGAGUUCUUGACUGGUUAGGGCUUGCUGCCAGAAUAAUAGUAGGUUUAUAAAGACAGGAAAAACCACAGAACAGAUUUGCCUAUCUAAUCUCAAGAUAGUCUGUGGGUUCUUCUCAUAUCCAGUUUGUUUUCUUUUAAAAGGUCUGUAUUGGUGAGGCUCAAGCUGGCUGGCAGGUGAUAUUUUCUGCCUGAAUCCUCUGAGCUGGCCUGACUGAUAGCUAUGACAUUUUCCAACAGUUGUUUUGUAUCUUCAGACUUCAAUAUUUCCAGUUUCUGCUCUUGGUGCCAACGUUGUAUUAGUAAUAUUAGCUAACAAAAGCUCAGUUCGCCCCUCCAAAGUAGUUACGGCAUAUCUAGUUGUGACAUUUUUACUAGUUAGGUCAAGUUUUCCUUCCUUUUUUUGCUACUAGUGUGUGAAUUAGUGCCAGCUGACUUGGUGGCUGGUUAGAAAUGUAUCAAACUCAACAGUUUGUAUCGCGUUAGUGUAUUUUUGUAAAACGUGGAAAGAUAUACCUUUUCAGUGAGACCAGGUCAAGUUUAGCGGUAAUUUUUCGUAUCUCAGAGUUGAAAUAAAAAUGUCAGGACAGUCCAUCACCGAUCGCAUCGCAGCGGCCCAGCACAGCAUGACUGGAUCAGCCAUCAGCAAAGCCGUCUGCAAGGCCACAACGCAUGAAGUCAGUGGACCCAAAAAGAAACAUCUCGAUUACUUGAUCCACUGCACCAAUGAGAUGAAUGUGAACGUUCCCCAGCUGGCCGACACUCUGUUCGAAAGAACCACCAACAGCAGCUGGGUUGUGGUCUUUAAAGCGCUCAUCACCACACACCACAUAAUGAUGUAUGGAAAUGAGCGUUUCAUUCAGUAUCUGGCCUCAAGAAACACACUCUUCAAUCUGAACAAUUUCCUUGAUAAAGGUGCAUUGCAAGGCUACGACAUGUCCACGUUCAUCAGGCGGUACAGCAGAUAUCUCAAUGAGAAAGCCCUUUCCUAUAGGCUGGUGGCUGUGGACUUCACCAAGAUGAAGAGAGGUGUUGAUGGAGUCAUGCGCACCAUGAACACAGAGAAGCUGAUCAAAACGUUGCCUAUCAUUCAAAACCAACUGGACGCGCUGCUGGAUUUCCAGGCUAACCCUAAUGAGCUGACUAACGGAGUGAUCAACGCUGCCUUCAUGCUGCUCUUCAAAGACUCCAUCCGUCUGUUUGCUGCCUAUAAUGAGGGUGUUAUCAACCUGCUGGAGAAAUACUUCGAUAUGAAAAAAAACCAGUGUAAAGAUGCCCUGGACAUCUAUAAGAAGUUUCUGUACAGGAUGACCAAGCUGUCAGAGUUUCUUAAAGUGGCUGAGCAAGUUGGAAUUGAUCAGGGUGACAUCCCAGAUCUCACUCAGACGACUAGAGGAUCUUACCUUGCUCCCAGCAGUCUCUUGGAGGCUCUUGAGCAGCACCUGGCCUCUCUGGAGGGAAAGAAAACCAAGGAGCUCUCCGCCGACAACAGAGCCAACACUCUGUCCAAUGCAGUGUCGUCCCUCUCCAACACGGGCAUGUCCUUCUCCUUCUCGUCCAGCAGGAUGGAUGAGAAGGAGAAACAGCUGGCCCUGGAGGAGGAGCAAGCCCGUCUGCAAGCUCUCAAGAAUCAGCAUCUGAAGGAGAUCAGCAUACAGACCCCCUCUGCCUCUCCCAGCACACAGUCUAUGGGUAGUGCCAACAACCACACUGCGGGCAUGGACCUGUUCACCAACACCACAAGCCCACCUUCAACAAACAGCAUGCCGAACCUCAACAGUGACUUGUUUGACCUCCAGCCUGCAUUCAUUCCUGCUGUGCAGAGCACUCCUAUCUCCACCGCCAGCAGUGCCUGGGGAGGUCUAGAAAGCAGCAUUCUUCAUCCCAUGACUUCCAUGCCCACCAUGAACGUAGAUUUUGAUGCUGUAUUUGGGACUAAAGCUUCCAAUAGUGAUGUGAAGCCAUCAGCUGGCUAUGAUGCAUUAGGCAACUUGAUGAAGCCCACAGUGACGGUUCACACUCAGGCGCCGGUCAUGGCUUGUCAUACAGGCGGUAAACUGUUGGCCAAUGACCUGGAUUCGUCCCUGGCCAACCUCGUAGGCAACCUGCAGUUUGGGGGAACACAAGGCAAAAAGUCUGAUAUGUGGACUCAGCCUGGAGAGAAGAAGCUGACGGGUGGCACUAACUGGCAGUCAAAGACAAUGAGCAGCACCACUGCCUGGAGCCCCGCCCCCUUGCCACCUGCUGCCAUGCCACCUGCCGCCAUGCCCGUGCCACACAUGGCUCCUGCUCCCAUGGCAUUUCCCAUGACAACACCUCAAGUGCCUGUGUAUGGAAUGGUCCCUCCUCAUCUGGGACAAAUGGGAGGGGUGCAAGUAAUGACCCAACAGCCCAUGUUGUAUAACCAGCCUGUUCUCAGACCCACUAACCCUUUCACCCCCAUCCCCGGAGCCCAGAUGCAGUUCAUGUAAGUAGCACUUAAGCAGAGCGCCAAACAGGACGGCUGAACAGAACAACAAGCUAGUGAGAGGAGGAUCCGACUACCACCAAAUAAAAGGAGAUCGAGACAAAAAGAAAGAGCGUGCAUAUGGAGAGGAAUGUGUUUGUGUCAAGAAUGCUUACUUCACUGUCUGAAACGGCUCACCCAGCACACACACCCCAGAUGAGAGCUCAUAGUGUGUCAUUUUUCAUCUCUUGAGGUUCAUUUCUUUCCUGGGGCACGGUGUCUACUGGCAGGUGUGAUACAUCAUAGAAAUCGUGGAUUUUAUUGCAGAUAUUAAAUUACCAUGUACAGAGCACUCUUCUUUUUGUUUCUUUUUCUUCAUAAUUAAUAUGAAUUAGAUCUAAAGCCCAACACGGUGGACUUCCUGUUACUGUCCUCUUUUGCUCUGUUACGAAGAUGCCCAGGCUGAGUUCAGGAAAACAGUGAAUGUCAAAGUAAAUCCCCUGAAUAGUUCAGCUUACUAGAUCAUAAACAUAUUUGAAUGGCUCAUUAACACAAUGCCCCGGCUCCUCAUUUCAAAAUAAGGAAUUUGAGCCCUUAUAUAAGGUGCUCUGCACCCCCAAGCACUUUACACAUGCAUUUAUGUGUAACAUAGUAUAUAACAUUGAGCUGGUCUCUUUUAUCUACAACGUUAGUCAUCUAAUGUUAACAAUUAACAUGUUACUGUUACUGAUGGCUACUGUUCAAAAUGGUCAGUCAAUCCUUAUUUGCUUAUACUGGUUUAAGGGUUUCCGUUUCAGAUGUGAUGGUGGUCUUGCACAUACAUAUGCACACAUUGGUGUUACGUGAGCCACAUGAAGAGCCCCCUCUCACUGGCCUCCCACCGUGUUUUGUCACUCCAAGAACACUGAUAAACAUAUCUGCUCCUGCUCUUCUGUGUUAACCAAACAUGUAAUGCAUUUACGACUACAUCUCACACUCUGAGCCCACUCCCCCAUGUACCACCCACCCUUGGGAGAAGGGUGAAGGGCAUGUGACCCUAUUCAAAAAUCUGUUUUUAAUGAGGGUUUUGUUUAAUCCUAUGUUUUUUAAUCCUUUUUGUUCUAGAAAGCAUGUUAUAUAUAUUUUAUUAUUUCAGAAAAUGACAUGAAUCUUGGUCUGUGUUGCCAAAUUAUGUGCAUUUGUGAUUCGAGAAAAAUGCCAUAAGCUAGCUCUUGUUCUCGGCGCCUGACAACACGGUUCUUUCUCCGAAGGACGUGCGUAUUGCUGUUUGCCAACUUUGGAACCAAAAUCAAUAGCUAAAAUCUACUUUUGUUCUGUUUUUGUGCAGUUCCUCGAAAUAUGGGGCACUGUUAACAGGGUAUCUUAAUUUUUGCUUGUGCAGCCAAAGCAUUUUCGGCCCUCCUGAAAUCCCUUUAACCCUUUCUAGAGCAGGUUUCCACUUCAGCCUUCACAUCAUCCCAUAAUUCCUGCUUUGUUUCUUCAUGCUAGAUUUAGUUUUUAUUCUGCAUGGACUGAUGGAAUGUUACUGGAGAUAUGGUGCGGUUGCAGGUGUGCCAUAGUAAAGCUUCAUGGAGCUUAUUGCUUUUUUAAAACGAUCACUACCUAUAGCUGGCAAGGUUUCAGAAUGUAAACAGCAACAAACAUUUAUUGGUUACAAAUAAUAAUCCUUCCCCUAAGGAAUGCAUUUCUUCUACAGUGUUUAUCAGAAGGAGUUGCUUAGCAGUGCACAGACUCAGUGGUACAGUAAUACUGAUGUAAUAAGGUCACAGGUGUGUUUAAAGAGCCCAUAAAGGAAUGGAAUUUUCUAUUUUGUAAGUGUGAUUUUUCAUUUGAAGUCUGAGUUUGACUUUCCAUCAGUUCAAGUGUGGUCUUUGCUUUUGUAUGUUGCUAAAGACAUCACCACUGCAAGUUUUAUAUUGUCGCUGUAAUGCGUGCCGUGUGACCGCCUGCCCGUUCCAUUUGUAGAAGCAAUGUGUAUUGUGUUUCUCUGCUUGCUUAAUUCUGUGUGGGUGCGCGAGUUGGUUACUAAUUCUUUACUGAGCGUUUCUUAACAUGCUUGUGAGUUAAUUCUCCUUUGAGCGCUGUCAGGGGGUCCAGCAGGUUCAGACUGAAAGCUUUUUUAUAUGCAGGCUCAAUGUUGAUGCUCUCUCUGGGUUUGCAAGGUAACGGGGCACCGAGGAGCAAUGCUGUUUAAUUAGGAUCUGUUCUAUUAUCCUGUCACCGGAGGCUUGAAGUGUGUGAAGUGAGCGAGUGAAUGUAUGAUUGUGAGCUUCAGGGAUGGUGAAAGAUCUGAGGAUGUACAAGGGUGCUAUCAUGAGCCAGGGUUUCCAUGGUAAUCUAGAGUUUCUGGUUCUUGGCACAGGUUGAUGAACACAGCAGCAUUUCCCUCUCAGUCAUAUUUUGUCUUUUUUUUUAUAUAUUAUUAAAAGCUCUGCAUGCAUUAGCAGCCCAGCCUGUGGUGAAGACCGUCUGAAGAUGCAAGUUUCUUUGGCAACCUCGUGUUUUUGGAUAAACCUAUAGGCUAGUUGACUUGUUUCACUGGCGGCGGGUCAUGAAUGCUUUCUCUCUGACACACCAAAGGCUUUUUUUCAAAUGGGUUUUGCUAAGUUGAGUCUUUCAAGGAACAAACUUUCAUUUUUGUUUAGAAUCCUUGCUACUGUAUGUACAGCGAGGUUCUUGAUUUCACAGCUCCCCCUUGUGGCUACUGUUUGUCAUCUUCCAUAUAAACAGCUGCUACUGUAGUUAGUGUUCUGUUUGCUGUUUAUGGAGCAGUUGUGCACACAAAGCAUGUCUGAGUGUAUUGAAUACACCGCUGUACAUUCGUCUUUUAUUUUAGAGCAUCCAGCCAGACUGAAGAGCAGCCAACUCCAGUGUACUUCUGAACUACUUAGCCUGAUUUUAUGUGUCUCAGGCUCGGCUCAUUAGCUGGCCUGGAAUACUUGGCUCAGCAGCAGCCUCUCAGAAUCGAUGUGUCAGACCUCUGCUGGGGAUGCUUGGUGUUCAGGGUCCUUUUCACCUUCAUGCUGUCAUCGAGCUGUCCUGGCUUCUCUGGCUUUAAUGAUUUGGUUUUAGGUGGGUUAUUUGUCUGCUAGAUUCUUAUUAGCAUCUUUUUGUCCUUAUUUUCCUGUUACAGAGAUAUAUGCAGUAUAUUUAGAAAUAUAUAUUCCAGUAGAAGCGCCAUCAUCCCUGUGCAUCAGCCCAGGGGAGCAGUGCAGCAAUCUUUUUUUAUCCAUUUAUCAUCAAAUGCCAAAAAAGGUGAAUGCAAAACCUCCAUGUUUAUGCCUGUUCCCCCACCUGUUUUUUAUUUUUAUUUUUUAUUUUAUUUAUUCAUGCAGACCAUAAGGAGUUUAUUCAGCAUGUUGAAAAUGUAAAGGCAGAAAUUGUGGGAUUGUGUUUAACUUGUUUGUCUUUCAUUCACAUAAAUAAAGCCUGUUUUUUUUUUUCUUGAGUUGUUGGUUAUUUCUGUUUAGUUUCAUUUUGUCUGUCAUUUUAUUCAUCUCAUCAAUCAUAUUCCAAGCAGGAAAACCAUUUCCCUCGAGUUCAUUUUGGAUGUCCGGCUCUCUUGGUUUCUCUUUUCUGGCCUCUUGAAAUUGCACUUCAUGCCUGCCUCAUGGCCCAUAAUGCAGGGUUUUUACAGUAUGAACGCAUGUUUUAAAUAUCUGGUCAAAUUUGUGUAGUGCCGUGUUGUGUUGUUUUUGCGUCUGUCAGUGUGAUUUCUGUUGAAUCUAUUGCACGAGUUUCACUGCAACAAGAACCACCUGAUUAUUUCUUUGUAGCACUUUUUGACAGUGGACUCAAACAGGAAAAUCAACCAAUGUUCUUUUGUGUAUCUUCUGUUUAAAGACCAACUGUUUUGUCCAAACAGUUAAACGUGUUUGUGGAGCUGGUUAUAAUGUGUGGAAAAGGAUGUACAGCAGUGCAUACCAUUUUGUGGUCCUUUUUUCCCCAACUUCUCAGCAAGUAUUUGGCUGUUCAGUCCAUCUAAAUGAUAAAACGGUUCUAUGAGAGGUCAAAUUACUCUCUAGUAGACUGUUUCCCAUCAUGCCAUUAAGGCAAUUCCUGGACUAUGUGGCCAGGCAUUCAAUCUGAUUUCACUAAGUAACUAAAUCUGGUUUAGAUUGUUCAAUCGCUCUAUUCUUCUGAAGGUUGCUGUCUGUGAUUUGAAGCAGUGACUAGUGAUAUUCGCUUCUACAUAAAUUAUUUGAGCUCAACCACAUUCUAUUUUUGAAUUCUGUACCGUUGGGGAAAAGGAAUCAGACAUGCCUGGUUGUGCUUGUACAUCAACUCUCUCAAGUCUGGUAGAAUGCUUGUGAAACCUUUAAUCUGUAGCUAAACCUGAAUCAAACACCCUCUUCAUCGACUUCUCAUGUGGUUUCCCCGUGAGCUUCAUGAAGCACGCAGCACUGGUUGAAGUCAAUGCUCUUAUGAUACCAGUCUCUCCUGAACUGUCGCUUGUACGCCUGCAAUGAGAUGCUCAACCCAGGACCAAGAGACCUGAUGGAUUUAACUCCGUUUUCUUUCGAUCGCUUUAUAAUUUGUACCUGUUUUCUUGCAUGUUUUUUUGUAUCUGACAUGCCUGGGAAAGUGUCACAGUUCCAUGUAACGUUUGCGAAGUUCUAUUAAAUAUGGUGCUGUUUUUUAGUAAGCAGUUGUUGUCGUAGUGAUGGACGGGUUCUGUGUAUAUCUGUUAUUUUUAUGAUUUAUCAGUGGUUGGUUGUGCUGAUCUGGUAUGUUAUAUUCCUCCUCGCGAUUUUUGCUUGAGUCAGUUUUUGUAAGUUCUUUCAUUCUUUCUGUCUAAGUCUCUGUUUUGUUGUCUGUAUUUGUGAAGAAAAUUUAUGGUUGCAAGCCUCUAACCUGAACCAUGAGUGAAUGCCUUGUGAAUAAAUGGAUUUAACGCUCGCGCUCACUGGUUUCUUAAUAAAGGACAUUUUUAACAGA